GAAAGUAACUUUCUCUUUUUGCCUCGUAUGGUCUCUUGGUUUAUAUUAGACCACUAAACUCCAGUUAUUUAUUGCGUGGUUUGAAUUGCCGAUCAAAUUCCUAAGAGCAUGGAGAAAAUACUAGGCUUAUUUACUCUUCUAAUUAUUCCUUUGUUGAUAAUAAAUGUGAGCUGUAGCGGAGAGGAGAGUUCCUCUCCUCAGAGCAUCAACCUUUGGUUUGAUGGUUAUGCAGAAGAAGAGCAGGAAUAUGGAGGAGAACUUCAGGAUGAAAUGGAUUCAUUUCUGAUGCUCAAAAGUGAAAAGGGGGCACGCAUUCCUGUGAACGUUGAUAGCUUUGGAGCUGUUGGUGAUGGACUAGCAGAUGACACUCAGGCAUUUCAAAAUGCUUGGGAUGUGGCAUGCUCUUUGAAGGAUGCAGUUUUCCUAGUGCCAGAGAACCGUCGUUAUAAGGUUAAUGCCACAAAAUUUGUAGGACCUUGUGAGAGAAAUCUAAUUAUCCAGGUGAGUGGGAUAAUAGUAGCACCAGAAGAGCCCGAUGAUUGGAAUCCCAAAUACUCAAAAAUUUGGCUUUCUUUCUCCAAGCUAAAUGGAGUCAAGAUUCAGGGAGGUGGCAUAAUUGAUGGUUCUGGUAGCAAAUGGUGGGCCACUUCCUGCAAAAUCAACAAAAAAAAUCCAUGCAAAGGGGCUCCUACGGCAGUUACAAUUGAUUCAAGCUCUGGGAUAAGGGUGAAAGACCUCACUAUCCAGUUUGCUCAGCAGAUGCACUUCACAAUAUCCCGUUCUGAAGCCAUAAGAAUAUCUGGAGUGCACAUAAACGCCCCAUCAGAUAGCCCCAAUACAGAUGGUAUUCACAUUACUGAUUCAACUAACGUUGCCAUCCAGAAUUGCCACAUUGGAACAGGGGAUGAUUGUAUUUCAAUUGUGAACGCCAGCAAAAAUAUCAAGAUGAAAAGCAUUCAAUGUGGGCCAGGGCAUGGAAUCAGCAUAGGAAGCCUUGGGAAGGACAAUUCAACGGGCAUAGUUACAGGUGUUGUCUUGGACAUGGCAAAACUUACUGGCACUAAAAAUGGUGUAAGAAUAAAGACCUGGCAAGGAGGAUCAGGAUAUGUUAAGGCAGUACGCUUUGAAAACGUGGAGAUGAUUGAUGUUGAGAAUCCAAUAAUCAUAGACCAGUUCUACUGUGAUUCACCAACCACUUGCAUGAAUCAUACAUCAGCUGUGAAGAUAAGUCAAGUCAUCUAUAGAAACAUAAGAGGGACGUCCAGAAGUCCUAAUGCGAUGAAAUUUGCAUGCAGCGAUACUGUACCUUGCAGCAACAUUGUACUGAACAACAUCAACUUGGAGAGAGAGAAUGGCAUAGCAGAAACCUUCUGCAAUUGUGCGAUUGGAUUUGAUUAUGGGGUUGUGCUGCCUAAAGCAGAUUGCCUGAAGUCUUCUAGCUGUGGUGGAACUCAGGAAGAUAACCAGAAGCAGAAGCAUGAUCCUAUUCCUACCCACACAGAGCUAUGAACUUCACGUCUUUCUCAAGACAAAUCAAGAUGAGAUUCCUGCAUGCUGCUAGUUAAAGAAGUGAUAAAGCCUUUUUAAGAUAUUAUAUAAGCUUGUCUACACAAUCAACUAAGAAACUAAAAUAUACUCGAGUAGCAGAAAUAGAAUAGCUUGUGAAAAGGAUUUGUAGUGUGUGUCCUAGCAUUAUGUAUAUGAAUGCUUCCGGACUUUAUAAUCACUGGUUGUCCUUACUUUAAAAUUGAAUUUGUAUGGUUACAGUUUCUCUCAGAAAUGCUUCUUGUACUGUGUUUGGAAACACACUGCGACCAUAUACUGCAGAA